CAUUGAUGGAAACCCAGGAAGGUCAUGGCGCCAUUGACUGUCAUAAAACCCCAGCCAGAGGCUGUUGAGUUUCGUUUUGCACGAGAUGGUUCUCUGACUGCAUGGGUGCGGCUUCAGAAUGCGUGGGAAGGGCAGGUGGCCUACAAGAUGAAAACAACAUCGCCAAAGGAGUACACCAUCAAGCCUGCGUCUGGUUCAAUCCGAAUGGGAGAGUUCCAUGAUGUGCAAAUUGUGCAAAAACCACCUGAAGAAGGAGGGGGAAGCCCUGGCAGUAGCAAGAAAGUCAAGUUCAUGGGUCAGGCUGCGCCAGUGACGACACAGGCUCAGAAGCUUUUGCUCUAUGCAGCUGACAAAGGUAAGGCAGCUGGAAGGACGAAAUUCUGGGAUAGCAUUCCAAAGGAGGAGCUACAAGAGCAGCAGCUUCCAGUCAAGCUGCAGACCGAGGAAGUGGAGGAGUUUCAAGAUGCAGUUGAGGCCCCGGUCGAAUCACACGAGCCAUCAUCAGAUGCAACCCGCAGCGAGCUUUGGAAAGCCCGAAAGGCGAGGUCGCAGGAGCUCAAGAAUGCAAAGUCCAGUGAGGAGUUGGAAGAAGGAGGGCCGCCUGGAGGUGCUGGAGCUGGCAGAGGGAAUGCAGAACCAACAUUCGAGGAACCAUCUGCGAAGAGUCGGAAGGGCAAUGGACGUGGAGAAGAUGCAGAUGCAGAGAAGUCGGCGGAGAAGACUGCAGCCCGCCACAAAGCCCAGGGCUACGGGGCGGCAGGCAAGCUGACCGACCAGGACUUUGACGACAUUAUUGGGAGAAUGACCAAAUUGGGACCAGACGGAAAACCAGUUGUCCAGGUCAGCAGACCAGCUCCUCAACCUGCCCCUGAAGGUGCAGAGCAGUCACCAUCACUGCGGCCAUCUCCAGCGCCAGACGUAGAGCGCAAGCCCUUGCAGCUCACGACAGCCAGCAAAUCGCAGCAAAAGCACGAUGUCGUCUUGCAAGGCCAUUCCAGGCCAGUGACGUACCUCACCUUCGAUGAUUCAGGCAAAGUGCUGUACACGUGUGGCAAGGACAAGCUUGUCAUUGCUUGGAGUGUGCCAGACGGAGAGUGUUUGCGCAAAUACGAGGGGCACAGGGGUGCUGUAUGGGCAUGCUCUGUCUUAAACAACGAUGAUGGGAGUCUACUUCUGACCUGUGGAGCUGACAACUAUGUUCUCCUUUGGCAGGCAGAGUCUGCAGAGAUUCUAUGUCAGGUUGAGCUACCUGGCGUCGUUCGGUGUGUGGAGUGGUGCUCCCAUUCACUUAGCCUCCGCUUUGCUUGCUGCUGCAAUGGCUUCAAGGCAAAGCCAGCGGCAAUCGAAGUUUGUGAAUUCAUCAACAUCCAGGGUGCCAUGACUUCCAGAUGCUGUGCCUCCAUUGCAGUUCCAAAGCUGCCAUCUGCAGCCACCCAAGUUGCUUGGGCUGGUCCCUAUAGAGAAUGGCUGUGCUCUGUCCAUGAAGCCGGCCUGGUGGUUUUCUGGGAUGCAGUUACUGGGUCGGAGGUGGCACGAUUACCUGCCCACGAGGAUGCCGUUUCCAAGAUUGCCAUCCCACAUUCUGAUGGCAGACUGCUGGCAUCAUGCGGGAGACAAGACAUGGAGGUGCGGCUUUGGUGUUUGGCAAGGCCUGAGAGUGAUGAUGAGGAGAGUGACUUUGAUGACAUGGGAGGUGGUAAACCGACACCGGAGCUGAUGCGGAACUUUACAUGUGACCGCCCACUCAAUUGCGUCGCAAUUAGGCCAUCGCUUACUUUCCAGCAAGCAGCUGCAGAGGAGCAGGAUGCCGAGGGCAGCUGCAUGCUGCUAGCAGGUGGUGGCCAGGAUGCCAGAGAUGUGGCCCUGGUUGAGGCAGGAACUGAUGUUGAUCAGUUUGAGCCGAUACCACUGAGAUUUGCCCGCACUUCUACUGCAGAUUCUGUGGUUCCCCUUGGUUUGGAGCAUUAUCCUGCUGAAGGAGCGUGGGACCCCAAGAGCCGAAAGGGAGGCCAUUUUGGGCCUUUGCAUGCUUUGGCUUUCAGUCCAGAUGCAAAGCUGUGUGCCAGUGGCUCUGAGGAUGGAAAUGUUAGGUUGCGAGAGCUGCUCUGAUGUCCCUGCGGGGUGCAAAAUCGUUUAGC